AUGGGCUCGUUAGGUUUGGCGCGUGGUGAGGCGGCCGCGUUGCAGCAGCACGGCCAGCGACUCUAUCAGCAGGGCAGCUUUGAAGCUGCUAUAGAAGCCUUUACUGAGGCCUUAACUGUAAAAGAUGCCAAUCAUCUGGAUAUUCUCGAUGUUCGCGCUGCCACUUACACUAAGUUGGCACAAUAUGAUCGCGCGCUGCGGGAUUCCAGGCUGAUGAUUAAGAAAGACAAGCAGGAUUACCGGGGAUAUCUUCGCUGCGCGAAGAGCCUGCUCCUGGAUAGCAAGCCUGAAAAGGCCCUGGAAGUGUACGCCUACGGACUGAAGGUCUUGCCCAGUAAUCAUCCGCGUCGCUCGCUCGUAGAACAAUUGCACGACAAACUGAUCGAAAAGAUGACGGCAAAGUGUCAUGAUCCUUUCACCUUGUUGCCUUUGGAACUUGCUCGGCUUGUUCUGGAGCAUUUCGACUUCAAGCAGAUCGUUGCAAUCCUUCGUGUGUCCAAAGGAUGGAACAAAUUCCUCUCCUCGAUGCGCGACUUUUGGAUGGAGCUGGACUUUUCCGUCGCUCGCGGCAAGAUCAGCUCGUCAUCCGUUCUAGCUCACAUUCGACGUUCCAAAGCUCUACUAACCAAAGUCUCAUUGAAGAAUAUCUCCACUCCAUCGACACAAAAGGUUCUGGAAUAUGUGAGCAGGUGCCCACGGUUGGAAAAUCUCGAGUUGCUCGACCCGUACAACAAUCAGGCGGUUUACGAGCUCUUCAAGGGCUCCAAGCGUUUGAAAACCCUUAUCAUAUCGGCAGACACGGUUGUCCCUCAGGAAUACCUGGCCAAAUUCCUCGCAAGCCUACCUCUUCUCGAACGCAUCGAGGUCCACAAGGCCAAGUCCUCGCCCGAAACAAAGGCACAGUGGCCGUCGAAACUUCCUCAUCUACGGAGUAUCACGAUAGGCUCUAUCGAACCGUCCAGACCAAUCGGGCAUACCCCUGCGCUCUACAUUCCCCGCCGAGAAGAUACCAUUCCUUACCCAAUUGCAAAUUUGGAAGAGCUGCGGCUUGAUUCAAACCCUGAAGUUUUUGUCCCCUACCCUCCUACCUUCAAUCCGCUGGAUCUUCAGCGACUAAAGAAACUGGAUCUUAGUGGGAUUUAUAUUGGGGAUGAGUUUGCGUUGCCAUCUAGUCUUGAAUAUCUUCGCAUCCGUGGUGGUGCUGGAGCGGAAGAGUUCCCGUUUUCAAACGAACCGCCUCUCAAUUUUCCAAAACUUCAUACUCUUAUUCUGAGCGACGUGCCUUGGGUUACGAACCGCACGUUCCUUUAUUUUCUGCUCGAGGCCAAGGCUCCUCUAAAGGUCCUUCACGUAGACAAGUGUUUCCGGCUCCAUGGCUCUGGCCUGGCCCAACUCCUUUGUGAACACUCCGAAGGGUUGGAGGAACUCAAUGUUUCGCACAUCUCCGCGAUUGAUGACAAGGUCGUGGAGAUGCUUGCGGCAAAAUUGCUCAACUUGAAGGUGCUCAAUAUGACCUGUACCGAGAUAACCGGUAUUUCGAUCAAGAGAUUAGCGGAUGUCCGUUCGUCCGAGGCGAACUCGCAGCUGGAGCGCAUAUUUGCAAGAGGCUGCGAGCAAGUCUCGACCGAUGCCGUUGCCUAUGGGUGGGCCAGCGGUCUUGAGAUCAUUGCAUAG